AUCUGCCACGUUCAAAGUGCAGUUUGUAUAUAUUGAGGUGAUUCAUCUGUGUCUCACACUCUACAGGGAGCAUGGCACUAACCAAGGAUACGCGGCUACCAUUAAAUGAUGGGAACUCCAUACCCAUUAUUGGCCUGGGCACAUACGCCUCAGCAGACGUGCCAAAAUCAGUUGGUGAAGAGGCCACAAAAGUAGCAAUAGAUGUUGGUUAUAGACACAUUGAUUGUGCUUAUAUCUAUGGCAAUGAAGUAGAAAUUGGACGGGCCAUUCGGGAAAAAAUCGCAGAUGGCACAGUGAAAAGAGAGGAAAUAUUCUACACUGGGAAACUUUGGUGCACAUAUUUUUCUCCUGACUUGGUGCGGAAAGGGCUGGAAAAAUCCUUAAGUGAUCUUCAGUUGGAUUACCUUGACUUGUAUAUAAUGCACUGGCCGUUUGCUCUGAAGCCUGCAGGUGCUGAAGAACCUAGUAAUCCAGAUAAACCAUUUGUCUAUGAUGAUGUGGAUUUUUGUUCUACCUGGGAGGCUCUGGAAGCAAUUAAAGAUGCUGGUUUGGUGAAGUCAAUUGGCGUCUCAAACUUCAAUCGUCGGCAACUUGAACGUCUUCUGAAUAAGCCCGGACUAAAGUACAAGCCAGUCUGUAACCAGGUGGAGGCCCAUGUUUAUCUGAGUCAAAGCAAACUGCAUGAGUUCUGCAAACAACAUGGCAUUGUUCUGGUUGCCUACAGUGUCCUGGGCUCACACAGAGACAAAAACUGGGUGGAUCUGAGCACUCCAGUUCUCCUUGAGGACCCAGUUCUUGCAAGUGUGGCUGCAAAAUACAAACGCUCCCCAGCAGAAAUAGCGAUGCGCUAUAUCCUCCAAAAAGGACUUGUGGUUUUGGCCAAGAGUUUCAGCCCAGCACGAAUCAAACAAAACCUUGGGAUCUUCGAAUUUGAGCUAUCUGUAGAAGAUGUGAAGAUACUUGACGGGCUUGAUAAAAAUCUCCAUUAUGGACCAUUCAAAGAAAUGAAGGAGCAUCCAGAAUACCCAUUUCAUGAUGAGUACUGAAGAAUUAUACAUUGGAAAUAUUGAAGAGAAGAAAUAAUUUUUGGUUUUUUUCCUGCUAAUAUAUGAAGACAUAAGACAUCCUACAAUUAUUUAGUAGAAUGUAUCAAUAUAGUAUAUAAAAAUAAAAGUGUUAUCAAUA